GAACACUAGGCAGGGAGGCAGACAGCUAGCUAGGUUCGCAAAUGCAUGCUCUCAGACUUUUAGUAGGCCUAACCUACGUGUGUGAGUAGUUUUUCUUAGUUCAUAAAAUGCCGUGGAUGUUGCUACAGUUAAAAUCCGUAAUUAGUUUGUCUUGCUCAAGCCCAAGGGGUUUCCAAGAAAGUCAUAUGGCCGCGGUUUACAUCUGUGGUGUUAAUUCAAGCUGACACUGCAGAGCUAGCCUCUUCCUCACAAAGUCUACUCGUCUUACACGCCGGGUUUGCCCGAAUACGCAGAUGAUAUAGGAGUCUAGUCUAUCUUCUAUUCUCAGGAUGGAGUCUAGUCCGCAUUGUGCGCAUUGUAGCCUCCAAGCUGCGUCCGCGAGUACACACCAAACACUAGAUGAGAUGGAUUUUGAAAGAGGUAUAUGGUCAGCUGCAAUGAAUGGUGACUUGGGUAGGACACAAGCACUUCUCCAAAAGGGAACAGAGCCAAACCAAAGAGACUCCUCCAAUUACACCGCCUUGCACUAUGCCAGUCGUAGUGGCCAUGAGGCGGUUUGCAGAUUGCUCCUUGACAGUGGAGCAUGUGUCAACGCCUUGACGUUAGGUCGAGCUACUCCGCUCCAUCGCUCUGCCUACUGUGGGCAUGAUGCCGUGGUGAGGAUGCUGCUUCGCCACGGCGCUGACCCUCAGCUGUGUGAUGACGAUGGAUCUUCUGCCUUACACAAGGCUGCGGCGCAGGGUCAUCAAGAGGUGUGUGACCUUUUGAUCCAGCACUGUCCAAAUCUACGGAAUUUAAAAAACAAGAAAGGACAUUUACCUUACCAACUUGCACCAGAAGGACACCUACUGCAGGAACUUAUAAGACCGCCUCUUUAAGUACAAGAAAUUUCUGAUGACAGUCACAACAUAUAGCUAUAACAUUUUAUAUUAACUGCGACAGCCAAUGAUUUCAAGGGCACCUGUUUGGCCAAUGUCAUACAUGUCAGUGAUUUCUGUUUAGUGUAGCCAGCAGGGGGAGCUCGUAUACCAGCUAUCGUUUUUUACAGUCUCGCAUACGGAUGUUGGCAUGUUCACAAAGUUCAAUGUCAUCAGAAGAAACUUGUGUCUGUGAAUAAAGAAAUGUAGCUAUGAAAAAGGUGGACAAAGACAGUAAAUGAAAAAGUGAAUGAGCUAUCUCGUGAGAGCAUUCUGUCAUGUAACACAUGGUGUCAGACCAACCUACAAAAUAAACAGUUCAA